CCUUAGUAGAAGUUGUAUUCUGCCUGGCAGCCUUAGCAAGGGUUUCUGAAGGUACCACAGGCUUGGCAUUCUUCUUGCCCUUCUUCCUUUGUACUUCAACAAAUUCACCAGCCGGAUCCUUAGGUUCCUGCACAACAAUGGUCUUUGUCGUGGCCUGCUUACUGGCUGUAGCAGCCUCCAAUUCUGCUGGUACAACUUUGGCCUUUGUUGAGGGCUCCUUGGUGAUCUUGUUAGACUCAACUUCUUCCGGUUCUCUGCUUUCUGCCCUUUCUUUGGCUGCCAGUACACUACAAACAAACGGAUGGUGUCCAUAUUGCUUGCAAUGGAAGCAAUAAUUCGGGAAUGUUUCAUAUAAUACCCGCUGCUCAAUGGUUUUCCCUGAAGAUAUCCGGAUUGGAAAAGAGAGAGGGGGUGGCUUUGUGACGUCCACUUCAACCAAUACCCUAGCGAAGUUGUGGUUUGCCUUUUCAAGUGUUACCUUAUCAGUUGCGAGCGGAAUUCCAACCUUGGAUGCAACCUCGAUUAUAAUAUCCUCAUUCCACAAUCUCAAUGGGAGCCUUGGGAAUUUUACCCCAAAUUGUCACCUUCAAAAACUCAUCAUCUUCGAAAGAAAAAUCUUGAGAUAAAACCUUUAAAAUCAGUAGCUUUCCAUAUACUCCCUCCGUCCCGUAAUUAAGUUCCUAUUUCCUUUUUGGGAUGGUCCAUAUUAAAGUUCCUACUUCAAACAUUUCCUUAUUUGGCAAAUGAUUUACACCAAAACAGUGCCAAACAAUGCCAAACAGUGUCAAACAGUGUUUAAACAGUGUCAAACAGUGUUCAAACAAUGCACUCUACAGUAAAGUCAAAUUUAUUUCUUAAUAUGUGUGAAGUCAAACUAGGAACUUAAUUAAGAACCGGAGGGAGUAGUACAUACGGCCCCUCAAUCAUAACCUUUGUCCUAUGGGCUUCACUUUGGAACUUAAACACAGCCCAACCCUUGUCAUGGGUUUGGACCUUACAGUGCACCCCCCAUCUUUCUGUAAAGCCAUAGAUUGCCUUUAAGCCCGGAAACCUUCCCGUAAAACAACCCACAAGGCAGUAGCCCCAAACAUCAACUAUUGAAGGUAGCACACGAUUUGAGAAGUCAAGAAUGUCACCAGUUGGAGGAAUGUACCUCAGUUUUAGCCCUACAGAUGGGGCUCGGUUGUCCCUAAACAGUGCAGACCAUUGCUUCUUUUUUUUCGAUAAUAUGUAAGUAUAUUAGAGACCGAAAAAAUAACAAUUCAAUGUUACAAGCAAAGUGCAUAUCCCAGUAAAUAGGAUACCACAAAAUCAAACAUUCCCUCCUCACAAAUCAACAUUUUAGACCCAAAUACAGUAGGAUCAUAAAUAAAGUUCACACAAAAAAUCAAGCUACUACAACAGAAUAUUAGGAGUUCCUAAUCUAAAGUCCAAAGAAAGCUCGGAAAGGAUAAGUGAACUUUGAGUCGAAACAAACCUCACCUUUUUUCUUAGUAACUCCCGGCAUCCCCUCGAGACAAUUGGCUGUGAAAGUAAGGCCUUUUCUAUCCAAAUCGUCUGUAAGUCGAAGGGAGGUAUCCACUCUAAUCACACUCGCGUGCACGAACUUAAAUGGUUUCACAGCUAGCUUGAGUGUCUUACCGUUUAUGACCGCACAUUUGAUGACAACGUCAUUUAACUUCAAAUCUUUUUCAUGCAUCACAACCCUUUCGGCAUCUUCCAAACCGGCCUCGGAAACCUUAUCAACAGUUUUGGAUGGCGGGACAACAUUGGGAGCGCGAGCCGCACCCCCGGCAGAAGCUGCAGAAGCAGGUUGCCGCUGGAACCCGGGCGGGUUUUGGGAAGACCCGGGCGGGUUUGGGAUCUGUGCAGUACAUUUCCCCUGUGACCCGGUCGGGUAAGGAGGCAGCCCGGGCGGGUCAGUCCCCAGGGCAGUUUCUGCCCGAGCAGUAGCAGCAUCAACCUCAUCAAUUUUUUUUUCUGCAACAUCAAAUUUUUCCUUUUCUAUGUUUAGCAGACCAUUGCUUCUUUGGUGUAUUUGUUGUGGACGUAUUUGUAGUCCCUAGUGUUUCAGAACUAGCCUCACUGGUAACCUCCUCAUCACUGCUGAUAGCUUGGCCAGCAUUGAAACUGACCCUCGGAAGCAAGGAAAAAGCUUGCACGCCCCCCCCCCACCCCCACCCCCCGACCAGACUGUCUGGGUUUGCAGGGACGAUGAACAGUACCCAUAAGAUCCAAAGUGCUCAGAAAAAUAAAAUAAAAAUACCUGGAGGUGCUCCUGACGUAGGCGACCCCCAGACUGUAUUUAUUUUUGAGCUUCUGAUCCCGGAUCUGCCCGAAACAAUUCCUCAAAAGCGUUGACUUUGGAACUGUGAACAGUGCGCGACACCUGGAAGCGGCAAUCAACACCAAAUCAGCUCAAAGCUACACCAAUAGCUUCGUUUCUUGAUCGCGACCUCCAUACCAUGCUCCAAAUCCAGCUUGAAUCGUCAGUUUUUGAGCAGAAAUCAAAAGGGUAUGUGCAGGUGAACAGUAAUUUUCGGAAAUGACAGUUCAUUCCUUGCUAAAAUCGGCCUUCAAAACCCAAAUAACUCACAAAUCCAAGCACGACUAAGCAUUUAGGAAUGAUUCCUACCUUAGAUCGAGCAAAUACAAGCCAAAAAUUCGAAAAAGAACUCAAUCCAUGGCCAAGAAACUAGAGUCGUAAAACUGCCAUGAACAGUGAUUUACGAUUUUAGGGAGAGAGGCUCUCAACUUGACCAGUACCAUUAUUAAUUGGUACUUGGACAAGUAUGAUUGGUUUUCUUUAACUCUUUAUAGUUUAUACCUUGC